ACAUAUGGAAAUUAUUCGAUAUCAGUCAAGCAAUGUCUUUUUUACAACAAAUUAAACUUCUAGCACAUAUAACACCACCUGUUAUAUCAGUCACUGAUUCAUCUUCAUUUUCUCCAUGUUCUGCAAAUUCUGGAGCGGUGAUAACACAGACGAUUAUCAAAACUAUUAGUUAUAUGAAUCUAAAGUUGUCAAGUUUAUUAAAAGUGCUUGAAAAUAAUUCAGUAAACAAUAUAAACAUGCUACAGGCGUAUCCAUUAUGUAUAAAUAGUUUUGAAUCUGUUGUGAAAAAGUU